AUGCGCUUUUUCACUAUUGCCGUCACCUCGCUCGCCGCUUGUGCAUACGCUGCUCCGCAGUUAACUGGGGGCAUGCGCGUCACAGAUACCAGCAAUCAACCGCGUGAUGAAUCACAAAGCACCGACAAGAUCACCGUCCCAGACCAUUUUGCCUGUACCGAGGACAGCGACUGCGUGGUACGGAACGUUGGAAACUGCUGUGGCUAUUAUCCAAUGUGUGCAAAUGCCGACGCAGUGCUCCCGGAUCCAUGCCCAAAACCAGGCAUGGCCAGUAUCUGCGGGUUCCCCACGAUUGACAGUUGCAAGUGUGGCAGCCGUGGAGGAUGUAUCUCACUUCAGGGCCGGACCAAAGUCCAUGGGAAUCAGUUUGGUGACUCAAACAAGUCUUAA